GCUAGAGCGCGAUCUCGUCGUGCAUCAAUAGCAAUUCAUUUAAAUCACAUUACUGAUAGAGAAAUGCUGGGUACAGCCGACAACGCAGACAUCAAGAAACGAGCUGGGACAGGGAUGAAGCGACUGCUUAGCCCCGCCUCCCUGCUGGAGAGCGGCCAAUCGGGAGACAGCGAGUCGGGUGGCGACGUGGCCGAGGCCCAAUCGGCCGACCCGGAGCGCAGGCAUAAGAGAGGGAGGAGGCGGGCGAAGUUUACACCGUGCGAGCUCUGCGACAUUCAGCUCAACUCGGCGGCCCAGGCGCAGAUCCACCUCAACGGCAAGUCUCACCGCAAGAGGCUGAAGCAGGUCAGCGGUGGCAAGCCUGCAGACGCUGCAGGUAGCCCCACCCAGAGCAGCCCCCUCCUGGCAUCUCUGCCCGUCCCUGGACGCCCCCCUCUCCAAUCUCAGCUGGACCUCAAGUCCUUCCUUCCCUUUCCCCUCAACAACUCCUCCCCACUCAGCCUCUUCCCAAAUUUCAGCACGAUGGACCCAGUCCAGAAAGCAGUGAUCAACCACACAUUCGGGGUUCCCCAGCCUCUUAAGAAGAAGCAGGUCAUCUCCUGCAACAUCUGCCACCUGAGGUUCAACUCUACGAACCAGGCAGAAGCUCACUAUAAGGGGCACAAGCACGCCCGCAAGCUGAAGGCCGUUCAGGGGCAGAAGACCCGGCAGCGGCAGCCAGGAGUACCAGGCGGGGGCAGGAGGGAAAAAGAGAGAGAGAUGGAGAGGGAGAGGGAGAGGGAGAGGGAGAGGACGAGUGCCUUGGAGCUGCCCCCUGCUCCGAUGGACACCCCUGCGAUGGAGAGAAUGUGUCUCUUGUCUGGAGCCAGGCUGGAGGAUUCCCCGGGGAGCCUGGUCUCGCUGACCCCCGUGUCGGAGCUCUCCUCCCUGGAGAUGGCUGCUCUGAGCUCCCCCCAGGCCUCCCCCUCCUCCGGGCUCUCAGAGAGCGCGUCAGAGAGCAGCGCUACAGAGAGCCCCCCCUACGGAGAGUCCCCACAGGGCCAGGGGCCCCUGGCCGGGGAUGGGGACCCCCAAAAAAACAAGCAGCACCUCACCUGCCCUGUGUGCAAAGUCACGGUCAACUCCACGUCUCAGCUUCAGGCUCACAACAGCGGAUUGAAGCACAAGCUCAUGUUGGGGGGUCAGAGUGUGCUGCCGCGCAGGAGGAGUAAGGUGGGCUCGUCUCCUUCUGCCUGCAGGACCAAGCGGCUCAGGGCCAAGGCCAGCGUGGGCAAGGCCAGCAAGGCUUUCCACUGCCCCAUGUGUGAGGUCCACGUCAACUCUGAGACACAGCUCAAACAGCACAUGAACAGCAGAAGACACAAGGACAGGCUGGCAGGCAAGCCCCCCAAGCCCAAAUUCAGCCCUCACAGCAAGAGUCAGCAGAGCACUGUCUUACCGAGUGUGAGGUGGAACGGUUGCGCAGGUGGAGCCAUGAGGAAAGUGUUCAGCAGCUGUGGCCUGGCCUCCCUCUCUCCUCAGACCAAGCUGGCCCUGCAGAAGCACCUGACCAAGAGCCUAGCGUCCGGCUUCCUGCCCAACCCCCUCAGCACAGCCACUCUCUGCACCAUGGCAACCGGCCCCCUGACCCUGCGCCACCCUCCUGCCACCACCACCUUCAUCCAGGCCCCGCUCCUGAGCCCUGCCCUCUUCAGGCCCGCCUCGGGGCCCUUGAGGGCCACGCACACGCCCAUCAUCUUCUCCCCCUACUAG